GCUCGGAACAUCCCGCCGCGGAUUCGCGCGCGGACGACGGACCUGCGUCCCAGGAGGCUGGAGGGCUCUCCCGCGGACGACGCGCCGAUAGCGCGUAAUCUCCUCGCGCUCACCGUGGGCGUCAAGCAGAAAGACGUCGUCGACGCGCUCGUUCGGACGUUUCUCUCCUCCGCGUCGACGUCGGACGCGGCGUCGUCGUCAGAUCCGGCGUCGGACGCGUUCUCCGUGAUCUUGUUCCACUACGACGGCGAGGUGGACGCGUGGCGCACGCUGCCGUGGAGCGACGACGUCGUCCACGUCUCCGUGUCGAAGCAAUCCAAGUGGUGGUACGCCAAGCGGUUCUUGCACCCCGACGUCGUGCGGCCGUACGACCACGUGUUCUUGUGGGACGAGGACAUCGACGCGCGCGACUCGAAAUUCGACCCGAGAGAGUACCUCCGCAUCGUGCGCGAGAACGGUCUGCACAUAUCCCAGCCCGCGAUCGUCGCCGGGAACGGCGCGUGGCCCAUCACGCGCGUCGUGCGCCGCGAGAACGAGACCACCGGCGGCGAGCCGCUCGGCGAGUUCCACCGCCUCGGCGCGGAUUGGAACGGGAAUCGGUGCGUCGACGACGACGGAAAUCCGACGACGCGGCCGCCGUGCGCGGCGUACGUCGAGAUCAUGGUGCCCGUGUUCACUCGACGCGCGUGGCGAUGCGUGUGGGAGAUGAUCCAGAACGAUCUCUCGCACGGCUGGGGGCUGGAUCUGACGUGGCAGCUCUGCGCGGCGGACGAUACGAAGAACGCGACGGCGGUGGACGGGAUGGGCGUGGUGGACGCGCAGGGGAUCACGCACCUGGGGGCGCCGACGUUGACGGAGCAAGGG